AUUGUCACAGCCCAAAAUCAUUACGGUGGUCACAGUGAGGUUCAGCAUGAUACAGCUCACUACCACCACGACGAAGAACAUCACGGUCCAGCUCAUUACGAAUAUCACUAUGACGUGCACGACGAGCAUACCGGAGAUGUGCAUGGGCACCGUGAAGCCCGCAAAGACGACCAUACGCAGGGAGAAUACUACUUGAUCGAUGCCGAUGGUCACAAGCGGACGGUGAAGUACCAUGUCGAAGGCAAGAGCGGAUUUAUAGCAGAAGUUCACCGAGAGCCUGUGAAAGGAUUUCACGACGUUCCAGAGCGCCAUAACUAUCACCAUAAAUUUGAAUAA